AUGGCCCUGCAGUCCGAGAUUGAUGUACUAGACCCAGAUAAUUCAGAUAGGGCGGCGUUGGAAGAAACGUGUGUGAUCACAAAGGCUCUGUACAUGUCGGCAGCGACCAACAGAUCCCCUCAACCAUACAUGAAUUCAGCACCCACAGACCACCACUCCAAUUUGCCAAAAUUGAAGUUGCCGAAGUUCAGCGGCAAGCAUGCGGAUUACAAACAGUUUAUUAGUCUUUUUGAAAGUUUGGUAGAUUCCGACCCGUCGUUGUCCAAUAUAGAGAAGUUCAACCAUCUCAUAUCGUGCUUGUCCGAUGAAGCCUUGGGAACCGUUAAGGCGUUCCAAAUUUCAGAUGCCAACUAUCCAAAGGCGUUAGAAAGUUUGAAGAGGGUGUACGACAACAAGUGCUUAAUAUUCUUUGAGACACUUGCCCAGUUGUUUGACAUUCCUGCCGUAACCAAGCCGUCAGCGUCUGCAUUGCGAUCAACUAUAGAUACAGUGUCAGCCAUUCUGGAGUCGCUUUUAUCGUUAGGAGACGAGCGAGAGGUUGCUAACGCCAUGAUAAUACAUCUCGUGUUAUCCAAGGUGGACCCAUACUAG